UGCAAAAUAUCACUCCUGAGCCAUGGAGGUGCUGCAGUGUGAUGGUUGUGAUUUCCGAGCUCCAUCCUAUGAAGACCUGAAAGUUCACAUUCAGGAUGUUCACACUGCUUUUCUGCAGCCAACAGAUGUCUCUGAAGAAAGCCCUACCCAGCCUAGGUCUGGCUCCAUGAAUGCUAGCAACCAGACCGAGGUUGAAUUUUCUUCUGUAAAGGAUGAAUUUACAAUUGCAGAUGAAAUAGCAGGGCAAAACGCAACAACUCAGAUGGGGCCUGGAACUUCUUAUAAGCAGAGCCAAAGUUCUUAUGGUCAGCACAUGGCUCCAAAUCCUAGACCAACCAACAAGUUUUUCCAGUGCAAAUUCUGUGUGCGUUACUUCCGAUCUAAAAACCUCCUCAUAGAGCACACCCGCAAGGUUCAUGGAGCACAAGUUGGAGGGAGUUCAGUAGGGCCACACACUACUGGAUCCUUAAAUUACAACAUCAUGAUGCAUGAGGGGUUUGGCAAAGUUUUCUCUUGCCAUUUCUGCACAUACAAAUCACCAAGGCGCGCAAGGAUUAUUAAGCACCAGAAAAUGUAUCACAAAAACAACCUGAAGGAGAGUUCAAUUCCCCUUGCUGCUGCCGCUGCUGUAUCUGAAUUGACAUCUGCCUCUGUGCCAGUGCAGGAGUCCUGCAAGGAAUUGCCUGAAGAGGUGGUAGAACGGAGCAUUUUGGAGUCCAUGGUUAAGCCCCUAACAAAGUCCAGGGGCAACUUUUGCUGUGAAUGGUGCAGCUACCAGACACCUCGGAGGGAGCGCUGGUGUGACCAUAUGAUGAAGAAGCACCGCAGCAUGGUAAAAAUAUUGUCAAGCUUGAGGCAGCAACAAGAUGGAACCAGUGUGCCUGAUGUGCAGAAUAAUAGAGUCCAGAAUGCCUGCCCAAACUCUAAUUAUGUCUCCAUGAAUACGACAGGACGUGAUUUGUCAAAUGCCUCAAACUUCAGAUGUACUACAGGCAAUUCCCUUAUCAGGCCCAACUCUUCUACAUCCUCCAAGUUUUCUAGUGUGUCUUAUCCUCAAAUGAAGUCCAAGAUACCUCAAAACUCAAGUGUAGUUAAUUUGUCAGACAGAUCCUGCUAUGGAGUUGCUGACAUGACAAAUUCUUCUGCUGACUUGGAAACAAGCAGCACAUUAAAUGACUCUAGCUCAGAUGGUGAAGAACUAAACAAAGUGGACAGUGAGAAUGGCUUGAACUCUGUGGAUCACCAAACCUUAGGAAUGUCUGCAGAGCAACUGAUGGGAUCUGAUGGGAACAAACUGUUGGAAACAAAGGGGAUUCCCUUUAGAAGAUACAUGAACAGGUUCCAAUGUCCUUUUUGCCCUUUCCUCACGAUGCACCGCCGAAGCAUCUCCCGUCACAUUGAAAACAUUCACCUCUCUGGGAAGACAGCUGUAUACAAAUGCGAUGAAUGCCCUUUCACCUGUAAAAGUUCAUUAAAGCUUGGAGCUCAUAGGCAGUGUCAUGCAGGCCCAGCAUCAGAAUGGGACACCUUGAAUCCUCAGAGUGAAAACAUGAUCUCUUUGAAUGACAACACAGUUUCUUAUGAUAGCGGAAAUAUAAAUGGUAGGAAGUCAGCUAGGAUGAUGGAGCCAGUGCAACAGCAGCAGUUGCCUCAACCCCAUUCACACCAUCCCCAUAAGUGCACAAUGUGCAACUAUUCCACCACCACUUUGAAAGGCCUCAGAGUUCAUCAGCAGCACAAGCACUCAUUUUGUGAUGACUUGCCAAAAUACGAUGGAUUGCCAUCCAACACACAAGAGGAGAGUGAGGCAGAUGCUCAUACCUCUGCAAGCACAGUGAAGAAAAGCCAGACCUCAAUUCUUGGGCUCUCAUCUAAAAAUAAUUUCGUUGCUAAGGCUGCUCGAAAUGUGUUAAAUGACUGCCCUUUGCAUCUUUCACCAGUGAAGAAAAGAACUAGAAUUGAUGAAAUAGCAAGCAACCUGCAGAGCAAAAUCAACCAAAACAAACAGCAAGAAGAUGCUGUGAUUAAUGUAGAGGAUGAUGAGGAAGAGGAGGAAGACAAUGAGGUGGAGAUAGAAGUGGAAUUAGACAGGGAAGAAGAACAAACAGAACCAAUGUUAGAGGCUUCUAGUUCUUAUGCACCCCAACAAAUGUGGGGGAGAGACACUAAUGAGUCCCAGAAGGAGGCAAGCUUUGGAAACAUGCAGCAUAAUUAUAAUUCCACCAGCGGAGCAGAGAUUGAGCUCACUUUAUCUGAAGAUGAGGAAGACUAUUAUUCUUCCAUUAGCAUCAAAGACCAACAGAGCCCUAACACCUCUGUUCUGGGGAGCCAGCCAAAUAUGUAUGGCCCUGAUCAGAAUAACGAAAACGUGGAGUUUAACAACACUGGCAGGCUUUAUUAUUGUAAACACUGUGAUUUCAGCAACAAAUCUGCUAGGAGCGUUAGCACCCACUACCAACGGAUGCAUCCCUACAUUAAAUUUAGCUUUAGGUAUAUCUUGGAUCCUAAUGAUCACAGUGCAGUAUACCGAUGUCUUCAAUGUUAUAUUGACUACACAAACUUUGAAGAUCUGCAGCAACACUAUGGAGACCAUCACCCUGAAGCUAUGAAUGUACUGAACUUUGAUCACUCUGAUCUGAUCUACCGCUGUCGCUUCUGUUCAUAUACAAGCCCAAAUGUUAGAAGCCUGAUGCCGCAUUACCAAAGAAUGCAUCCAACAGUGAAAAUUAACAAUGCAAUGAUAUUUUCAAGCUAUGUUAUUGAACAGCAAGAGGGACUAAACACAGAGUCUCAGACACUGAGAGAGAUCUUGAAUUCUUCUCCAAAAACUAUGGCAACCUCCACCCCCAUGGCUCAUGGGGCUAGCGUGCCAGCAUGUUUUAACAAAAGUGCCGCAAAGAGUUUUAGUUCUGAAUAUGAAAAUGAGAAGGUGCCUUCAGUCAAUACUGUGGUUGUUUAUGACUGUGACAUGUGUUCGUUUGCAAGCCCCAACAUGCAUUCUGUUCUGGUGCAUUACCAGAAAAAACAUCCUGAAGAAAAAGCAUCAUAUUUCAGAAUUCAGAAGACCAUGCGUAUAGCUUCUGUUGAAGGCUCUGCCCUGGCUCAAAUGUCUUUCGAGAUGGGGGUGCACAUCUCCCCAAAGGUGUCCAACUUGGCUUCCCAACCUCCCUCCCCCCCGCCUCCAGACCUUACUCCUGAACUCUACUUUUGCAAACACUGUUCAUACAGCAACCACUCAGUUGUGGGAGUGCUUGUCCACUACCAGAAAAGGCACCCAGAAAUAAAGGUCACUGCCAAGUAUAUCAGGCAGGCACCUCCUACUGCGGCAAUGAUGAAGGCUGCUAAGCUGCCAUCUGGGAUUCAGAGGCUGCCAGUGUUGAUGCAACAGUUGAGCCGGGGCAGUUCUCAGAGCUCUGUGAAUCCCCUCGAGAACGAGAUGUUCUUCUGCCAGCACUGUGAUUAUGGAAACCGGACUGUGAAAGGCAUGCUCAUUCAUUAUCAAAAGAAGCAUCGUGGUUUCGUGAGCUAG